CGGCGCAUGCGCCCGGGCGACGAUCAUGGAGGGCUCCUUCCGACCGCGUUUCUACACGCCGCGGGAGGUGACGGUGCACAACAGGCCGUGGGACCUCUGGGUCUCCUAUCUGGGGCGGGUCUACGACCUCAGCCCCCUGUCCGAAGAGUACAGGGGGGACCUCCUCAUGAAGCCCCUCCUGGAAGUGGCAGGGAAAGACAUCAGCCACUGGUUCAACCCCAGGACCAGAGACAUUCAGACACACAUCGAUCCCCUCACGGGCUGCCUCAAGUACUACACACCCCAGGGCCGGUUUGUGCACAUCCCGCCGCCUCUCCCUCGCUCGGACUGGGCCAAUGAUUUUGGGGUGCCCUGGUGGAAAAACCCCAUCUACGAAAUCGGCAUCUUGUCUGCGAAAACCCGGCACAUUCGGAUCAUCAACACUCUGACUUCUCAGGAGCAGACCCUCGAGGUCUGUUCAGAAGAAACCAUGUGGGAGAUCUUGAGGCGCUACCUGCCCUACAACGCGCACGCCGCCAGUUACACGUGGAAAUACCACGGCGUCUGCCUGGAGAUGGACAAGAACCUUGAGAACAACAACAUCCCCGAUGAAGACGAGGAGUUCUACCAGCUCAACAUGGACGCCGACGCCUUCACGACUGCCAUUUUGCUCUACUUUAACGAUGACCUCACUGAGCUCUAGAAACCUGCCUAGUCGUGGGCCUAUUUCCCUCCAGCUGGAAGGGCCAGUUAGGUGUUCCUUCUUCUCACCAGCAGCUGCAGGACACAGAGCUUAUCUUUAAGGGACGGCAGCAAAGUUGGUCCUUGGUCCAUUUUUCUCUCCAAGAACAAGACUUGGUGGAAAGGAAGAUGCACCUCAAAUGAUGGUGAUGGGUCCCUAAAAAUACGAUCUCCUGGUCUUGUGAAUGUCCACCUGGGCUCUCACUGCUACCGCCACUAGAUGUCAGUCGUGGCUCACGGUGCAGCCGUUUUGAAGCUCUCUCGUUCUUCACAUGGGUUUUAAAAAAAUAAUUGCAUUUUAUUAUCCUGCAGGCCUGGAGCUAGGAAAGCAGCUUUGCUCCCGGGCUGGCCCUUUUAUCCGGAGAGGGACCCACGGAAAUUUGUAUUUUGACUUUUAAACUGGGGUCCUCUGGCUUGAACAUUCUGCUUUACCCCGAAGGAAAUUAAGUAAUCUCGCGGCAAGUAUUUGCGCCUGCUUGAGAUGUUUCAAAGGCUUGUUUGGAGGAGUGGUUGGAGGUGGAGGAAUGAAAAUCCCCUCGGAAGAUAAGUGGGAUAAAAAUAAAACAGCAAAACGUAAGAUGUUUGCGGUGAGAAGACAUAAUUGUCCGGCCUUACUUAAAAAAAAAACCCACGAUGAAUAGAGCAAAUCUUUAAUAAAUCAAUAAAUCUUU